AAAGAAAACAACUUCCGGGUUGAGUCAGUCGGCCGGGUGCCGGGGACCUGACGCUUGCCAGACUGUAGCAGAUCCCUGAACUGUGAGUAAGAAACUUCGUGAGUGAGUGUGUCCGAAUUUCCAGCGACGGAAAACUCGUGUGUGUGAGCGAGGGGGACGCGCUGGCAGUAUGGGCGCCGCAGGAAAAGAAGACCUGUCAUUUACUCCAUCCUUUAUAGUAAUGCUACAGGACGAAGAGGAAUGGAUAAAACCAUUGGUGAGCAACUCCAGAAAGCAUACGAAGCCUUCCGACAGGCAUGCAUGGAUAGAGAUUCUGCAGUAAAAGAACUGCAGCAAAAGACUGAGAACUAUGAGCAGAGAAUACGUGAGCAACAGGAACAGCUAUCACGUCAACAAACAAUUAUUGACAAGCUAAAAUCACAGUUACUUCUUGUGAAUUCCAGUCAAGAUAAUAGUUAUGACUGUGUUCCCUUGCCUGAAGACAGUGAAGCAUGGAAGAGUAAUUUGACCCUUGACCAGCCAUAUGAUAAAGUGAAAUCAGGAAUACCAAGAGAGAAACAAUCCAGGGUAAGAAAACAAGAGGUUUCUUCUCCUGGAAAAGAAACGUCACCAGGGAGUCUUGGUAUUCCUUUAUUCCAUGAAAGAGGCAAUAUAGAGAAGACCUUCUGGGAUCUGAAAGAAGAAUUUCAUAGAAUAUGUGUGCUAGCAAAAGCACAAAAAGACCACUUAAGCAAACUUCAUAUACCAGAUGCAGCAAAUGAAACACAGUGCUCUUUGCCUAUACAGUGUACGGAUAAAACAGAUAAACAAGAAGCACUGUUUAAGCCUCAGGCUAAAGAUGAUAUAAAUAGAGGUACACCAUGCAUCACAUCUGUCACACCCAGAGGACUGGGUCGAGAUGAGGAAGACACCUCUUUUGAAUCACUUUCUAAAUUCAAUGUCAAGUUUCCACCUACGGACAGUGACUCGACUUUCCUCCAUAGCACUCCAGAGAGACCUGACAUCCUCAGUCCUGCUACGUCUGAGGCAGUGUGCCAAGAAAAAUUUAAUAUGGAGCUCAAAGAUAACCCAGGAAACUUUGUUAAAACAGAAGAAACUUCAUUUGAAAUUCAGGGAAUUGAUUCUAUAGCUUCAGCUAUACAAAACCUUAAAACAACUGACAAAACAAAACCCUCAAAUUUUGUAAACAAUUGUACCAAGACAACUCUGGAUAGAACUGCGUGCUUAUCACCUGGAGACCAUAAUGCAUUAUAUGUAAAUAUAUUCCCACUUCUGGACCCGUCUGAUGUAACUUUUCCCUCACGUGAUUCCCCAGGAAAAGCUAUCCGAGGACCACAGCAGCCCAUUUGGAAGCCCUUCCCUAAUCAAGACAGUGACUUACUGGAACUAAGUGGCACAGACUCAGAACGGCAUAUACCUCGAGUGUGUGAAUUCUGUCAAGCAGUUUUCCCACCAUCCAUUAAAUCCAAGGGGGAUUUCCUGAGGCAUCUUAAUUCACACUUUAAUGGGGAGACUUAAGACACAUUUGAAAACAGACAUUAUCAAAUGCGGUGAUUUGGGGUUUGUAAUACUAUAACUGCUUGAUUGUAAACUAAAUUCAAGAUCAUUCACAGAAAAAUCUGUGGUCACAGCUACUUGAUGCUCAAACUUUUUUUGUAACUUUCUUUUAUUAUCUUUUAAAGAUCAUUCUGUACAAAACUAACAACUCAUGGUAUUCAUGUUUACAGUGUUAUACCAUAAUUCAAAAUUAUGUAUGUGACUUAUGGAGUUAUGUAAUCAUAAUUUAUGGUUUUUUCAAAUGUCUAAGCUUAUUUAGAUUUCUGGUGAGAUAUAAUGAAUUUGGUAAUGCCAAAUGUUUAUAAUGUUGUUCCCUUUGUUUUCAUUGAAAAGUUUAGAUUAUUUAUGUUAUAUGUGAUGUUCUCUUUGAAUAAAUCUAUAAUAGAGAAUAGCAAUACGUAAAUAUCUAAGUAAAUGCCAAACCAAAAACAUUUGUUGCCCUGUGAUAAAUCACUGGUAGAACUAUUUAAACAUGUUAGAUUAUUUUUAAUAAUGUACAUGGCCUUCAAUUUUUAUUGUCUGUAUAGCUACAUGAUGAAUUGUAUAUUAAAAGAGUUACUUUUGUUGUGAUCAUUAUUGUCUUGUUUCUGAAUUUUAAAAAAAUGAAAUAAAUCACAUUUUGG